AUGCGUUUCGUUCUCUGGUCCCUCCCGUGGGCCUCAGUGGCCCUGAUCGGCGACGCUCUAGCUCGACCCCACGCCGCUCAAAGUGUGCUCUCCUUGUCCGACGAAGACGCCACAGAGAGAGCAGAGGCAGUGAAAGAGGCCUUCCAGCAUGCCUGGAAGGGAUACAAGAAAUACGCAUUUCCUCAUGACGAGCUCCAUCCGGUCUCCAACGGAUUCGGCGAUUCCAGGAAUGGAUGGGGAGCUUCGGCAGUGGAUGCAUUGUCCACUGCGCUCAUUAUGCGAGACGCCGACAUCGUCAACCAGAUCCUUGACUUCAUCCCGACCAUCGACUACACCCAGACUAACCAGCAGGUCAGCCUGUUCGAGACCACCAUCCGCUACUUGGCAGGCAUGCUUUCCGGCUACGAUCUGCUCACUGGUCCGCUGGCAGACCUGGCGAGCGAUUCCACAAAAGUGGACGCCCUACUGUCUCAGUCCAAGAAACUGGCCGAUAUCCUCAAGUUUGCCUUUGAUACCCCGUCGGGCGUUCCCUACAACGGUAUCAACAUCACCUCCAAGGGCAACAACGGUGCCACUUCGAAUGGUCUUGCCGUGACUGGCACCCUCGUUCUCGAAUGGACCCGGUUGUCCGAUCUCACCCAGGACCAGGAGUAUGCCAACCUGAGCCAGAAGGCCGAGUCGUACUUGCUGAAUCCCCAGCCGGCCACCGCGGAGCCCUUCCCGGGCCUCGUGGGCUCAAACAUCAAUAUCGACACGGGUCUGUUUGAAAACGGGUAUGUCAGCUGGAAUGGUGGCGAUGACUCCUUCUACGAGUACCUCCUCAAGAUGUACGUCUACGAUCCCUUGCGGUUCGGCGAGUACCUGAACCGAUGGGAGGCCGCCGUCAACUCGACCAUGGCCCAUCUGACCUCGCACCCGGCCUCGCGCCCCGACCUGACCUUCCUGGCGACGUACAACGACGGGUCCUAUGGCCUGAGCUCCCAGCACCUGACCUGCUUUGACGGUGGCAGCUUCCUGCUCGGCGGCUCCAUCCUCGAGCGCCAGGAUCUCAUCGACUACGGCCUGCAGCUCGUCGACAGCUGCUACGAUACCUACAACGAAACCGCCACGGGAAUUGGCCCGGAGCAGUUCAGCUGGGACUCGGCCUCGGUUCCGUCGGCCCAGCAGGCCUUCUACCAGCGUGCUGGAUUCUACAUCCAGAGCGGCUAUUAUAUCCUGCGCCCAGAGGUGAUUGAGAGCAUCUACUAUGCCUAUCGCAUUACGAAAGACCAGAAGUAUCAAGAAUGGGCCUGGGACGCCUUUGUGGCCAUCAAUGCAACGUGCCGCACCGAUUCUGGGUUUUCCGGCAUCACUGACGUGAACGCCGCCAACGGCGGAUCGCGCGACGACAACCAGGAGAGUUUCCUCUUUGCCGAAGUAUUGAAAUACUCGUAUCUCAUCCACGCACCGGGUAAGUCGUUCAGAUGCGGAAUGAGACCGAACGCCCGACUGACUUGUACAGAGGAUGAAUGGCAGAUCCAGGCUGGCGAUGGCCAGAACACCUUUGUGUUCAAUACCGAGGCUCACCCGAUCCGAGUUGCGCAGAGAUAA